UGUAUGGCUGACUAGAGUUUGAAAUUAUUCUAAAUCAAAUAUGAAGUUCGCGGAGCAUCUUUCCGCGCACAUUACGCCUGAAUGGCGUAAACAAUACAUUAGUUAUGAGGAAAUGAAAGCCAUGUUGUAUACGGCGGUAGAAGAGGCUCCGUCCGUUGAGAUCGUCGAGCAGGAAACCAUAUCACGCCAUUUUGCCUCUUUCGACGAAGUCUUUUUCACCUUCUGCGAUCGUGAAUUGAAGAAAAUCAACACUUUUUACUCUGAGAAGCUGGCGGAGGCAACAAGAAAAUAUGCAGCAUUGCAAAGCGAACUAAAAAUUGCAUCCGAAACGCAUCACGGCGGAGGAAAGAACCGUGUUCGAAAUACAACAAAAGCUCAUCUGCCUGCUCGCAAGCUCAGGGAGCUAAAACUAGCUUUUUCAGAAUUUUAUCUCUCUCUUAUCCUUCUUCAAAACUACCAAAAUCUAAACCAUACCGGUUUUCGAAAGAUACUUAAAAAACAUGAUAAGCUGUUGUCCGUCGAUACCGGCUCCAAAUGGCGUACCGAAUUCGUGGAAACUGCACACUUUCACACGUCAAAGGACAUCGACAGGCUUAUUCAAGAGACAGAGGCGACGGUUACUUCUGGCCUCGAAGGUGGUGACAGACAAAGGGCUAUGAAACGACUCCGCGUGCCUCCCCUUGGUGAACAUCAGAGUCCUUGGACGACUUUCAAAGUUGGACUGUUCUCCGGGAGUUUCGUUGUUUUGUUCGUCGCAGUUGUGCUGUCAGCAAUAUUUCAUGAUGGUGGCGCACGUCUCAAGGUUGCAUUUCCCUUGUAUCGAGGACCCCUGCUUGUUAUUCAAUUCCUAUUUCUGAUGGGAAUCAAUGUCUAUGGCUGGCGUUCGUCCGGUGUUAAUCACGUGUUGAUAUUUGAGCUCGAUCCGAGGAAUCAUUUGUCAGAGCAACACCUGAUGGAGUUAGCAGCUGUACUCGGCGUCGUUUGGACACUGAGUUUACUCAGUUUUUUAUACAGCUCAAGCUUGAGCGUUCCGCCUUACGCAAAUCCCCUCGCACUCGUCGUCAUCAUCGUAGCCUUUCUGUUGAAUCCUUUCAAAAUGUUUCGACACGAGGCACGUUUUUGGUUGCUUAAAAUAAUGUUUCGUUGCAUCUCCGCUCCAUUAAUGGUCGUCAACUUUGCCGAUUUCUGGCUGGGCGAUCAAUUGAACAGCCUGUCGACUGUGUUUUUGGAUUUUCAUUUUUUGAUAUGCUUCUACAUCACAAACGGUGAUUGGUUCGAAGCCGGUGAUACGCAGCAGUGUUUGUCUGGGUCUUACAUCGUCAGACCAAUACUCAACUGUCUUCCUGCUUGGUUCCGUUUUGCACAAUGCAUUCGCCGAUACCGAGAUUCAAAGGAAGCUUUCCCGCACUUGGUCAAUGCCGGCAAAUAUGCUACAACAUUUCUCGUCGUUAUAACAAACACGCUGCGAACGUUUCAUGCAGGCGAAUAUACAAAUCACUGGGAUAGUCCUUGGCUUUGGCUGUGGGUGGUGAGUAGCCUGAUAAACUCCAUUUAUUCGUACACAUGGGAUAUCAAGAUGGAUUGGGGACUCCUGGAUAGUAAUGCUGGUGAAAAUCGAUUCUUACGAGAGGAAAUUGUGUAUUCUACAGGAUUCUAUUAUUUUGCGAUCAUAGAAGACUUUUUAUUGAGAUUUGUAUGGGUCGCAACCUACAUAGUGACGCAGUACGGAUAUGUCCAGUCCGAGCUGAUGACUUCUAUCGUCGCUACUUUGGAAGUAUUCAGAAGAUUUAUCUGGAACUUCUUCCGUCUUGAGAACGAGCACUUGAAUAAUUGUGGUAAGUUUCGUGCUGUCAGAGAUAUUUCUGUCGCGCCUAUAGAAAGUUCCGAUCAGACCCAAAUCAUAAGAAUGAUGGACGAAGAGAAUGGAGUAAUAAAUCGGGGAAAGCGCAAGGGUGGAGGUAAAAAGCAGAAUACUGUUAAGGAGGACAAGCGUGCAUUAUUAAAAGAGGAAACAAUUGAUAUAGAUGUAUCUAACGCUAGUUGAAUUUAUAUUUAAUAUUUUUGUUGCACUUGAAAGCGGGAUCAAGUACUUUUUAUUUCAUCAUAUUGCAGCUUUUGCAUAAAGGUUAUUGAAAUAGUCGUAUGGUUAUCCGAGAUUUAUCUGAUGCAGUGCCACUUAUUUUUAAAUGCAGCAGAUUUUCAAUCGGAAAUAUUUUUCGAUUAAUUGUAGUUAGUUUCGUACAGCCAAUUUUUCGAUUUAUCCCUAAAUUCAUUACAAGUUUAUAAUAUACAAGUGGCUGUAUUAUACGUAUAUUAUGCAAAACGGUUCUGCGUAUCCAAGGCUGAGACACGGGAUUGAAACACUGUGUUCUAUAUGCACAAUGAUGCUGCUCAGAUUCUGUGGAAUUUAUUUUAAAUUCGCAUUGUCGCUGCCACCAUAAAAAUUUGCUUCUCUUUUCAUGAGAUUCUGAAACCGACGGUAAAUUCCACAGGAUCCGGUGAAUGCCCUCAUCCUAGUGCCGAUAUAGUAUACUGAAUUAAAACGAAAUGAAAAUCCUAAAAUAACGCAACGACACGUGCGAAUAUUUGUUACAUUCCACUAACAGUUUUAUGAAAAAUCAAUAAUUUAAGUGUAGAUUGUGAUUUAUAUUUUUGAAUACUUACAUGAAGUGUUAUUUCAAGGCUUAGGUGAUUUUUAUUUUUUAGUUACGUACUUCCUUUUCAGCCCCACGAGUUUAUACGAGUAAUUACAAAAUGAAAAUAGUUAUUACGUAACGCGGCCAUACACAAUUAGUAAUGCAAAAUUACACUGGAACUAGCGGGUAAUACGUCUGGAAGGCUUUCAGAGAGUGAACAAAUGAUAAAUUAUUAAGAAAUAUAUUCGAAAGAGUUCCCUGAAUAAUCCUGACAAGUUUUAUCGUUUGGUCAUCCCCUGGAACCUUUUUACCUGUAUUACCUGCAAGUUUCAGUGUCAUUAAUACAAAUGCAUGUUAAACAUGCAUCAUUUUUUCACCCUCUAUUCCAGAUGGCGACAACAAAUACUAACCGAUAUCCAAAGAUUUCAUUGAAUAAUUAUUAUUACCUCUUAUUACACAAGAAACAGCAAUACUUAUUCCGUAUAGAAUAAUCGAAAUUCGCAUGAGGUACUUUCGCAAGCUGAUUACGAACAAUAACUGAUAAUUUUUUCACUGACAGCUGUGUGAAUUUUCCAAGUAUUAUAGAUUAAUUUUCCUCUUAUCUGUAAACGCAGAUGCGGUUAAUCAUAACGGGCGUAUCCUAUUGAUACUUUCCAAUUUAACUAAUUGCGUUGACAAACUUAUUGUGUACGAUGUUAUUUUACGUGAAUUUAUUUAACACAUUCAAGUUUUGUUCGGAUAUCUGCGCAUAAUAAUUCAAUGUAAAAUGAAAUUCGUGUAUCCGUUUAUAUCCUUAUAUUCAGAAUUCGGUGCGAGAUAAAUUUGUGUAAAAUAAUGAAACUGGUGCAAGUUGAAUUGUGAUUAAUAAAGGAACAUGCUUCUUUAGUAAUUGAUCGCGACGCGAAUUUACGAACUAAUUAAAUUAGUCCAACGGAAUUCUUAAUUACUAUUAUAUUAAGUAGCACUUUAUACGUAUUUACGGUGCCUAAACUUCAGUUAAUUUAGAAGUUCCUUGAUUCAACUUUGUUGUGAUUUUUUUGUCAAAAGGUAUUUUUACAUCUUAAGAUUUAGAUGUUCAAACGAUACAGGAUUGUACAGGUAUUGCUAAAUAAGAACCAGGCCAGAUAUUUUUGUAAAUCAUGUCUAAUAUAUCAAUAUAUAAACAAGAAAGGAAUGAUUGUGAAAGGAGCGUCACUCUGAUCCGUCGUUCAUUACAUUUGGCGAAGUUGAUUUUAACGAUACCAGCAUAAAUUCACCCUCAAACCGCAUGCUGUUGCAUCAGUGAAUUAACUUUGCUGAGUUUGUACAGAUUUAUAAUCAGAUAUUAUCUACCAUAGUCACAAACUUAGUGAGUAGACAACUGUGUUACAUUGUUUGUAAUGUAUAAGAAAAAAUAUUGUUGAAAUUAUAUCUUUAUACACAUACUGUGA